UUAUUUUCGACAUCGACUUAGAAUCUUUGUGGUGUUUUAACAUUACCGUAUCUCGUUCAAAUUUAUAAUCUGACUGUUACAUCGGUUUUCAGACAAAGAUCAAUAUCCUGAGUCAAUAUUUUUCGCUUUAGAACAAAAUCUAAUCUUUCCUUAGCACACUUAUCACUUAUGUAACUGAGCCUCUGUAAUUAUCACGUACUGAUUGAAUCAACUUGUCUUCCUCGUGUCCGUCUUUUUUUUUGGGAGGGGGGCGGCUUUAGGCAAAUAGGAAAGCGCGUGACUCCUUAUGGCAAACCUGUGAGCACAAGCGCGCGCCCUUUAUAAAUUCGCGCGCGUGCUCGCUACGUGAUUUUUACAAGUGUGUUUUAGAUGAGGAGUGCUCCGUCCGAGGCGUGACAACGGAUGCGCGUUCACGUGUUCGCCACCGGCCCCUGCGCUGAGAGGGAGGGAGAAAGCAUCAUCAAAACACUGGCAUACAGCUUCCUCCGCCCGGACACCGAAGAGGACAACAGGGAAUUUAGAGGUUAAAUUAAAAACAACAACAGGAGAGAACAGGAGAGGCUGUGCGCCAAGGAGCCAGGGAGAGACGUGCAACCAUCCUUACAGCAGCAGCAGUAGAGGUAGUAGUAGCAGGAGGCAGAUUCGGGGAUUUUCCGUGUCGGUUGCCCGGUGCUCUACACACCCUGAGCCUUUGCACCAGCAGCGGGGAGGAGAGGAGGACCAGAGAGGAGGCUGUCCAGAGAGGAGGAGGACCAUGGAGGGGAUGCAGGCAUACGGAGCCGGGAAAGCCGGAGGAGCCUUCGACCCCGUCACCUUCUUCCAGCAGCCUCAGACCAUUCUCCGCAUAGUGUCUUGGCUCUUCUCCAUCGUGAUCUUUGGCUGCAUCGCCAAUGAGGGCUACAUCAACCGCCCUAAAGAAGGGGAGGAGCAUUGCAUCUUCAACCACAACCAGAACGCCUGUAAUUAUGGCGUCUUUAUGGGCUCCAUGGCCUUUCUCUGCUGCAUAGCUUUCCUGGCUCUGGACGUAUACUUCCCCCAGAUCAGCAGCGUCAAAGACCGCAAGAAGGCUGUGCUGGCUGAUAUCGGGGUGUCAGCAUUCUGGUCCUUCAUGUGGUUUGUGGGUUUCUGCUUCUUGGCCAACCAGUGGCAGGUGACCAAGGAUGAGGACAACCCACUGAGGGAGGGAGGUGAUGCUGCCCGAGCAGCCAUCACCUUCUCCUUCUUCUCCAUCUUCACCUGGGCGGGCCAGUCCUUCCUGGCCUUCCAGAGGUACAAGCUGGGGGCCGACUCAGCCCUUUUCUCCCAGGAAUACACGGACCCCAGCCAGGAUGCAGCUGGAGCCCCCUAUACCUCCUUCGGAGGGGAUGACCUAGAGAGCCCAGGAGGAGGAGGGGGCCAGGCCAACAACGAUGGGGCCUUUGACGGCACUGGAGGCUACCAGCGUCAGGACUAUUGAGAUGGUGGUAUAUAUGUUGUGGGGAGGAUCUGGUUGAUGUUGCCCAAAGUUUCUUGUUUAGAGCAGUUUGUAUUGUUUCUGUGGGUCAGUUUUGAACUAAUGCAAUACUAAGUUAAUCUUACCCAGUACCAGUGGGUAGUUUUGACCCAGUGUUAGACACAAGUUCAGAUUUUACUCUAAAACCCUUACAAAUGUAGUGUUAGUCGUACAAAACAUGCAUUUGACAUUCAAAACUGCAGAGGAUACAUGUUAACAAUCAGUAACAAAUGGUGACAUGUAGGUUUAAGAAGAGCGUGACUAUAUUUUAUCUUGAGUAAAUAACCCGACAGUAGUAUAAAUAACACUAACACUGGGUCAGAACAGUGCAGUAUUGUUUCAGUUUUGAUCCACUGGUAUUUAUUUGUACAUGCUUGAAAUUAUGUGCUUAACUGAUGCAUCAGCCUCACCAGAGGGAAGACAGUGUAUACAAUUCCUUUGGCAGUUCAGUUAUUGGACUUAAUACUCUAUUUCUGUAGGACAAACAACAGAAUUUGUCUCUAUGUCUGAAAUUUUGGGCAACUUUCCAGAUUUUGGGGAAGGACAGGUAAAAGCAAGGGGUGGGAUAAGUGGUCAAUCAUGUAUGAGUCUGCAGCCAGAACAGCAGCAAAGGGUUCAGGACAUUCAUGGGAAGGGGCUGUGCAAUGGGAGGGACAUUGGAUAUAAUUGGAAGUAUUAAGGAGAGUUGAGGGGUUGAGAAACAACAGGGAGGUCAAGUGUUUGCAGAAAUGGUCACAAUGUAGCAGAUCAGUGCUUGUGACCACAUUGCCUUCAUCUUCUGAGGUCUGCUAUCAGUCAGCAAAGUGUCUGUGAUCAGUGUUAGUUCAAAAUAUCUACACACAAACAUCCAAGCACAGGUCCACAGCAUAUUGAUUUUGGACAAAUACACAACAAAUUUCUGCUGACAAAACUCCAUAGAGGUGCAUUACAGGACAUCAGCAUAGUGGCAUAACUGGCAACUAAUCCCCUCAACUGUGAAAUGGGAGUGUGUCUGGGUGUGUUGAAAAGUGUCCUCUGUGUUUUUUGUUUUGUUUUUUUGUUGUUUGUUUGUUUGUUUGUGUGUUUUUGUUUGUUUGUUUUUUUAAACUGAUGUGUUGAUGUUUGUGUUUUCUUGUUUCCCUGAAGAACCCACUUUUUCUCUCCUCAAUUGUUGCCUUAGUGCUGACUGCCAAGCAAAAUCCAACCAUCACAGGGGAACAUAUAAACCCAACAUGCACAGGAUCACAGUUUUUCACUCUUGGCAUCUUUAGGGUGAAAGUACAGCUAAUAGAAUUUUUUCACGUAAGCACGUAAGCCUUGAAUAAAACCGAACAUUUGACACCAUUACAGAGCGUUCCAAAUGACACAAAAUCAGCAGGCCUACAGACAACAUACUGUACUGAAGAACUGCAGGUUAUCUAUUGUUUUCCACCUUACCUCAGUACAUCUAAAGAUGAGGCAACCUGAACAUCCUGAGUAUUUAUGAACAUGCAUUGUUCCAUUUUCUUAAAGAAUAAAGAACAUCUAUCUCUCUAUAAAUACAUGUAAAUCUAUAAUUCAGUAUAUUAUAGUGUUUAACAAAAGAUUACGCUUUAUUUUAGGGCAUUAUGCUAGUUCUGUAUAAAAAAGGAAAAGACGAAAGAAAGAAAAUCUAUGGUCUGUUGAGUGUUAUUGUGAUAAGAUAUAUGGUGAGGCCAUCCAUGCCUCAUCCUUUAUGUUGCUUUCAGGGUAAGGAAAUGUUUUUAUUUUGGAAUAAUAAUACUAACUAUAAAAAUACAGCAACAAAAAAUGUGACCAAAUUUGUCAAAGUAUAUAUGCACAUAUAUACUUUAUACUGUACAACAGUGUAGACUUAGAAAUGUGUGAUGUUCCUCUGUGAAAUCUGUUUUAAAAAAGCAAGGUAAGAAUUAAGAAAAAGAUUGUGUACAAAUGUAUGUUUUUGAUGUGUUUGAUUUUAACCAAUAAAAAUAAAGAAAAUACUGAUAAAUAUAUAA